AUUGUGUUCUUUUUGAUAAUUGCUGAAAUGUUCAUUACUUAGAGACUGUGCUUCCCCACUAAUGAAUUACUUUCUUCUGAAUAUGCAGGCUUUGUUAUCACUGGAGCUGCAGAGAGACAGUCAUAUCAAACAUCAGCGUCUAAUCCAUGAAAGAUGGAAGCGAACUAAGAAAGAGGAGAAGUUGAGAGCUCAGAUACAGCCAGAAGCAGCAGACCGGGAAACUGAUCCCCCGUUACCACUGAAACCAUUCACCGAUGAAUCCGAUGGUCAGAAGACUCUUCCCGCAAGUGCAGAAAUGAGUAGCCUUAACCAGGAGGAAUAUCUGCGGCAAAUUCGGAAGUCCUAUGAUCGGGAGCCGGAUACUCUUCUCUUUUUGUUGCACAAGAAACACGUUCCUUCAAAGACCUGUGCAGUGAACAAAACUCCUAAAGACGACAAGACGAGGAUAGAGGAGCAAGAGAUGAAAAUUUCCGAACUGAAAAGACUUGUUGAUCUACUUAUAGCUGAGAAUGAGAGACUAAAGAAGGAGAAUAAGCUGCUAAAGGCAGAGAAUGCGCGACUUAAGAAAUUGCCAUUGGAUAAGGAAUUAGACAUGGAUUCAGACUUUGUGAAAUCAGACUUGUGGUGCAUCAGUCAACCGUUCGACAGUGCUACCAACGCAGGAAAAGCGAAAGACAUUCCAAUACCCAACCUUCCUCCUUUGGAAAUGCCAAGUCAGAACAUUUCAUUGGAUGAUCUUCCCCCUUUAGAACUUUCUGAGGAGGUUGUGUGUAACCUGAAAGAACCAUUGGACAACCAAAAGGAAACCUCAAAGGACAAACUAUAGGGAGCAUACUUGCAUUAAAACAAAACAGUUCGUUAAUAAACAAGUGGUACAGUGCCUCAAAACAGCAGUUCCUGUUCCUGCUGUACGUACUAUCAUCUGGUGCUGAUCGUGUAUGUACAGUCAGUGUGAAUUUCUCAUCCAGAUGGCUGGGGCACUGUUUACAUUCAGGUACUCCACUCCAUGAAUCAGUCUGUGCCACUCAAUGAACUCUUAAUGUGAUGCAAAUUACAAAGCCAAUCAGGAACAUUAUAUGUAUUUCUACUGUAAGAUGAGGGAACCAAAUCAACAACUUUUAUUUCUGAACGAUCAGUUUACAUUGAAAUAAUAGGGGUGCAUCAUUGUAUACUUUUUUUAUUGUUUUCUUUCAGAAUAAACCAAUUACCCUGUGUGAUAUGAACUGUACAUUUUUUUGCUGCAUGAAUGAAAAAAAAUUAGUGUUGGUUUUUGAUUUGCAGAUCAAAUGAUUAAAUAAAAAUACAAUUCUUGCAA